UUCGACGUGGAUGUGAAAUCGUUACGGCGGAAUUUCCUCAAACUACAGCAAACUGCGCAUCCAGACAGUUUCUCCCAAGCAUCGCAGCGUGAACAUAAAUACGCCGAGAUCCAGUCUUCCAUCAUUAACAAGGCUUACAAUACACUGAAGAAUCCUCUGGCAAGAGCCCAAUACCUGCUUGCCAUGCGAGGCGUGGAAGUCGAGGAAUCCGAGUCCCUGCAUAAUCCUGAAUUGCUGAUGGAAGUCAUGGAAGUGCGGGAAGCCCUUGAAGAAGCCGCCAACGAUGAAGAAGUCGAACAGAUCAAACAAGAAAAUGAUGUGAAAUUGCAGGAAACGGCUCAACAUUUGAGCCAAGCAUUCAACAAUAAUGAUUACGACGUGGCCAAGGAUUAUAUGAUCCAGCUUCAGUACUGGGAGAAUAUCCGACAGGCCAUUGUCGAC